UACUCCUCACUCACACACACACACACUCAUCUCCAGCACACCCAGUCCAUGGCCGCCAACAAAAACAACGUAAACAACAAACAACAACAACCAACGUAACAUCCUCAAUAUUAACAACGACCAAACCAAACCAAGCACUUCCUUCUCAAACCAUGCCAGUGCUACAUUAUAUUGCUUGCUAGUACCUCCUGCCAUCCCUCUCUUCCAACGCAUAUAUUUAUUCAUUCAGUGGCCUCGGUUUUCGUGCUCCCUUCCUACUUUUCAUAAAACCCCAUUUCUUCUCUCUCUGCAAAGCUCGAAGCUUUUCACCAUUUGAGAUCUGGGAUUUCCGGGCUGGAGCUUUUUCCUUUCUGGGUUGCAGCAUUUUCGCCGUCAGAGAGAUCCCAACGUCUCCUACCAUGGCAAGCAAGUGGAAGAAAGCCAAGGUCGCGCUUGGUCUCAACCUCUGCAUGUUCGUCCCCAGAACGUUAGACGACGAUUCGCCGCCCCACACGGUGGUUUCCGAGCGCCUCUCCGACGCCGCCCUACUAUCUCCGGCCAGCUGGAACACCAGCUCUUCCCGCCCCACCACGCCGCUUUCCUCUUUUCACGGCUUGAAACUUUCCAAAAGUAGCAGCAAAUCCUCCAAGCAAACCUGCUCAAUAUGCUUAACCAAAAUGAAGCAAGGAUCCGGCCAUGCUAUAUUCACUGCAGAAUGUUCACAUUCCUUCCAUUUCCACUGCAUUGCUUCAAAUGUGAAACAUGGAAACCAAAUAUGUCCGGUGUGUAGAGCAAAGUGGAAGGAAAUACCCUUAUCGGGUCCCAGUUUGGAUCCUAUCCCUGGCAGAGUUUCACCAAGUCCCAUCAAUUGGCCCCAAAAUGAUGCUUUGAUGGCAGUGGUCCACCGUCUACCCCUACCUCAUCCUCACCGAGAUUUAAAUAGGAGGCAUGUUGUGCCACUUUAUCAGGCUUCUGAGCCAGGCAUAUUUGACGAUGAUGAAUCCUUGAAUCAUCAAAAUGUGUUUUCUGAGCGAAGUCCUUGCAUUGAGAAUACUGAAGAUACUGAGGCUGCUAGAGCUAUAGAGAUUAAAACAUUCCCAGAAGUAUCUGCUGCUCCGGGAUCCAAAACUCAUUCUAACUUCACAGUUUUGGUUCAUCUCAAAGCUGCUGCUUCCGCAGACACAGCUGCAGUUAAAAGACAAAACCUUAGCAGAAACCAGGCAAACUUGGCACAGAUUUCACAGACUCCACGUGCCCCUGUCGACUUGGUCACAGUGCUUGAUGUGAGUGGUAGCAUGGCUGGAACUAAGCUUGCACUGCUCAAAAGAGCAAUGGGGUUUGUCAUACAGAACCUAGGCUCUAAUGACCGGCUCUCUGUUAUUGCCUUUUCUUCCACAGCUCGUCGCCUUUUUCCUUUGUGCAGAAUGACCGAUUCUGGGCGACAGCAGGCACUGCAAGCUGUUAAUUCUUUGGUUGCAAAUGGUGGUACCAAUAUUGCAGAAGGGCUGAGAAAAGGUGCCAAGAUAAUGGAAGAUCGAAAGGAAAAGAAUCCAGUUGCCAGUAUUAUCCUGCUGUCCGAUGGUCAAGAUAAUUACACUGUCAAUGGCUCUGGAACUAACCAGCCUCAACCAAAUUACCAGUUUCUUCUGCCCACUUCUAUCAGUGGUGAUGAUAGUUCAGGAUUUCAAAUUCCUGUGCAUGCUUUUGGAUUUGGUGCAGACCACGAUGCUUCACUGAUGCACUCCAUUUCAGAGAUUUCUGGUGGCACGUUUUCUUUCAUCGAGACUGAAGCCGUGCUACAGGAUGCGUUUGCACAAUGUAUUGGAGGACUUCUGAGCGUAGUUGUUCAGGAGCUUCAAGUGGGAAUUGAGUGUAUACACCCAAAUCUCAGUCUCGUCUCACUAAAAGCAGGAAGUUACCCAACCCGUGUGGUGGCGGAUGGACGCAAAGGAUUGAUUGAAGUCGGAGACCUGUAUGCCGAUGAAGAGAGAGAUUUUCUAGUGUCAGUUAAUGUCCCUGCUGCAUCUGGCAAUGAAACAUCAUUGAUAAAGGUGAAAUGUGUAUACAAGGAUCCCUUAACUCAGGAAACAGCAACAAUAGAAAGUGAGGAAGUUAAGAUUAAGCGGACAGAAAUGUCUGGGCAGGUAGUAAUGUCACUUGAAGUGGACAGACAGCGCAACAGGCUCCAAGCAGCGGAGACAAUGGCCCAGGCUCGUGUUGCAGCUGAACGGGGGGACCUGAGUGGAGCAAUAUUAAUUCUUGAAAACUUUAGAAAGAUGCUGUCGGAGACUGUUUCGGCAAAAUCCAACGACCGCCUAUGUGUUGCAUUAGAUGCUGAGCUUAAGGAAAUGCAAGAGCGGAUGGCGAGUAGACAUGUGUAUGAAGCAUCUGGGAGAGCAUAUAUACUUUCUGGAUUGAGUUCACAUUCAUGGCAAAGAGCAACAGCAAGAGGUGAUUCCACUGAUAGGUCGAGUCUUGUUCAGGCAUAUCAGACACCAUCAAUGGCCGAGAUGCUUACUCGAUCUCAGGCCACGUUACUAGGUAGUCCAUCAGGGCAGAGGCUUCUCCAGCCACUGUUGUCAGUCAGAUCACAACCAAGGCCACGGUGAUCCAACUGGGAUUUUGGGAAACCAUCUUCAAAUUAAGCCCUUCCACUGAUUUUGCCAUUUUGGCUUAUGAAAUAUGUGGGAGAGGGUGGUAGUACACGGGAGUCAUGAACAGAAGAUUUCUUUGAGCUGUGAUUUUGUUGUUUAAUAUAUGUAAAAAUGAAUAAAAUAUUGAGGAAAGGGUGGAGGGUUACUUAAAACCAAUGGAGAAAAGGGCAGUAGACAGGAAUUUAC